UAUUUCUUUAUCCUUUCACACACACACACACACACAUCUUGAUUCCUGGUUGUUACAGAAAAGAGAAAACAGUGUGUAUACAAAAAGUCUUUGCAAGUCAAGAAUCUGGAAUAGGAAACAUUCCCACCACCUAGAGACUACCACAGCUGUUAAUAAAUAUUCCGAUACAAGUGCACAAACAACAACACUUGGCCCGAUAACAUUCGGUCUCUCUUCCCGAUAUCCGCCGGAGAGAACAAGUUAUGGGGGUAAGGAACUUGAUGUUAUGUGGAAACAGCUCCACCAAAAGCAGUUCUCACGAAAUGGAGCAGAUGAAGAAGAAGAUCAAAGGAACUGUGGUGUUAAUGAAGAAAAACGUUCUCGAUCUCAAUGAUUUCGGUGCAUCGUUUCUUGACAGGGUUUACGAACUCUUCGGCAAACGUAUCUCGAUCAAACUUAUCAGCAAGGAUUACUUUGAGGACUCAUGGAAUGGAUCGAAUGGGGAGAUCGGAAAAGCAGCGGUUCUUGAAGAUUGGAUCAAAAAAGUGACGCCGAUGUCCGCCGGCGAAGCUUCUUUCUCGGUGACAUUUGAAUGGAAUGAAUCCAUGGGAGUUCCUGGUGCUUUCGUGAUAAAGAACCAACACCAUAGUCAGUUUUACCUCAAAACUCUGACCUUAGAACAUGUUCCUGAUCAUGGAACAGUCCACUUCGUCUGCAACUCGUGGGUGUACCCUGCGCAUCGUUAUAAGUACAACCGCGUCUUCUUUGCUAACAAGGCUUAUUUACCUUGUUCCACACCGAAACCACUACGGCACUAUAGAGAACAAGAACUUAUCAACCUUAGAGGAACUGGUUCAGGAAUGCUAAAGAAAUGGGAUAGGGUUUAUGACUACGCUUACUAUAACGAUUUGGGUUUCCCUGAUAAGGGUCCGGAUCAUACCCGACCCGUUUUGGGUGGAUCCCAGGAGUAUCCAUAUCCACGAAGAGGAAGAACAGGUCGAAAGCCAACCAAAACUGAUCCAAAUUCCGAAAAGAGAUUGUUUCUUCUAAGUUUGAACAUUUAUGUUCCACGAGAUGAACGAUUUAAUCAAGUCAAGUUCUCAGAUUUCUUAGGCUAUUCAGCUAAAUCUAUAGGCCAAGUGGUUCGUCCUGAGAUCAAGGCAUUGUUUGAUAAAACUCCGAACGAAUUUGAUUCUUUUAAAGAUAUACUGAAUCUCUACACAGAUGGGCUUAAGCUCCCCAAACGCUCUGUUAGCAAGAUCAGAAAACGGAUUCAUGUGGAGUUGGUGAAAGAACUCUUACGUAACGAUGGAGAAGAGCCUCUUACAUUCCCAAUGCCCGAUGUUAUCGAAGUGGACAAGUCUGCAUGGAGAACAGAUGAAGAAUUUGGAAGAGAAAUGCUCGCCGGUGUAAAUCCGGUAGUCAUCCGGCGACUUCAAGAGUUCCCACCAAUUAGUAAGCUUGAUCCCAAAGAAUAUGGCGACCAAACAAGCUCCAUGACAAAGGAACAUCUCGAACCAAACAUGAACGGACUAACUGUAGAACAAGCUUUACAAGAAAAUAAGUUGUUCAUCUUGGAUCAUCAUGAUGCAUUGAUGCCAUACCUGACAAGAAUCAACACCACGGAUUCGAAGAUAUAUGCCACCAGAACAGUCCUCUUGCUGCAACACGAUGACACACUUAAACCACUUGCAAUCGAGUUAAGUUUACCGAAUGAUCCCAAGUCAGAAAACAAUGGCUGCACUAGUGAAGUCUUUACUCCAUGCGACGAUGGUGUUGAAGCCACCAUAUGGCAGUUGGCUAAGGCUUACGCCGCCGUGAAUGACUCCGGAUAUCAUCAACUUAUUAGCCACUGGUUGAACACCCAUGCAGUAAUAGAACCAUUCAUAAUUGCUACGAAUCGACAGUUAAGUGUUCUUCAUCCUAUAUACAAACUUCUUCAUCCACAUUUUCGUGAUACAAUGCACAUAAACGCGUUAGCUCGACAAAUACUCAUCAACGCCGGGGGUGUACUUGAAAUGACUGUAUUUCCGGCCAAAUACGCCAUGGAAAUGUCUGCUGUUAUUUAUAAGAACUGGGUCUUCCCAGAACAGGCGCUGCCAGCUGAUCUACUUAAGAGAGGUGUAGCUGUGAAGGAUCCAAACGAACCCAACGGCUUAAAACUGCUGUUAGAAGACUACCCUUUCGCGGUGGACGGACUUGAGAUUUGGUCGGCGAUCAAAACCUGGGUUGAAGAAUACUGCUGUAUAUAUUACUCCUCAGACGACGUCGUUAGAGAAGAUUCAGAAGUCCAGUUAUGGUGGGAGGAGUUGAGAACAGAAGGCCACGGUGACAAGAAAGACGAGCCAUGGUGGCCUAAGAUGCAGACACGUGAAGAGCUUAUCGACACCUGUACAAUCAUCAUAUGGGUGGCGUCAGCUCUCCAUGCGGCAGUCAAUUUCGGUCAAUACCCUUACGCUGGAUACCUCCCCAACCGCCCCACCGUCAGCCGCCGGUUCAUGCCAAAGAAAGGAACGCCGGAGUACGCAAAGUUGGAAUCAGACCCAGAAAAAGCUUUCCUGGAAACGAUCACAAGCCAGCUUCAAACAUUGCUUGGAGUUUCGCUUAUAGAGAUUCUGUCGAGGCAUUCGACUGAUGAGAUUUAUCUUGGUCAAAGCGAGUCUCCGCAUUGGACUGGGGAUACUGAUGCAUUAGAGGCGUUUGAGAGGUUUGGGAAGAAACUGGAGGAGAUUGAAAAGAGGAUAAUGAUAAGGAACAAUGAUGAGAGAUUGAAAAAUAGGAAUGGACCAGUGAAGGUUGCGUAUACUUUGCUUUAUCCGAAUACGUCGGAUAAGAGUCAUGAGGGUGGACUUACGGGGAAGGGAAUUCCAAAUAGCAUAUCGAUCUGAAAAGAUUUAAGUUGGUUUGUGUUUUUGUGGUGUAGAUUGUUAUUGUUUGCAUUUGAAGGCAUAAUAUGUAAAACAAAUAAUGUUUGCCCAAUUAUUAGUAAGA